GUUUUUGGCCACGCACACUUGUGCAGCGACAACCUCUCGUACCUACGUACGCCCCAGACUGUGAGCUUCAGAUGCCCACACCCACGCCGUGAGAGCCCAAGACAUACAACCAUAAUGGCAAACCCGACGAACUUGCCGCCUCGUUAUGAGAUCCGCAAGCUUGAACCAGAGCAUGCGCAAUGGGUCGGUGCCAUAAUGUGCCACAGCAACGUGUUCCACAGCACCAUCUUCCCUAAUGUCUACCCAGAGGCCAUGGGCGCCCGCUUCAACAGAAUGAUGCAAGGGGCUGGCUACCUGGUGCAUCACCAGAUCAGCUCCGGCAUGUCUAUUGGUGUCUUCGACAAGGAGUACCAGUACAAGAAACCUGAAUCCGCGUUGACCAACGGCAGAUUCUACUGGGACCCCGAGCACAACGACUACACUCGGGAGGAGCUCCUCGAAGCGAUGGACUUUCCCCUCGUCAGCAUCGCCCUUUGCUAUGACGGCAUUGACAAGCUGGACAACGACCGCAUGGAGCCGCUGGUCGCCACACUGCCUGUCUUUGGGACUUGCUAUGCCGAACUCGACAGACGGGACCCCCGGCCCUUGCAGAGCUGGAGGCCUGCGAAGCGACGGGGAGAGAUCCUCAUGCGCAAUGCGACCAGCACAAGAUACGAGUAUGAGGGAAAAGGAAUCAUGGGCGCUCUUGCUCGGCACCUCAUGCGAGACGCCGCGGCGAGGGGGUACAAGGCGGUCAACAUUGAAUGUUUCAAUGAUGCUGUGACGCAUGUCUGGUCGGAGCCCCCAAGCCCGUUCAAGGGGGAGGUCGUUGCUAGUUUCAGAACUGAUGAGUACGAGGAAGAGCACGAUGGGAAGAAGGUCAAGCCAUUUGCUUCGGCCAAUGCCAUAGCGAAGCAGCUGAUUACCAGGGUUUGGACAACACUUUCGGACUAGUUGACUGGUGGCAACGGGGUUCUAUCAGGAGAGCUUCAACAAGGAUACUUUGAGCUUACGCCUACAAACUUGAGUGGCUGUUCCUCACGAUCAUUCAAGUGAAUUUCAGUGGGCACAAAGAAUCGGAUGAACGUGUCCUACUGUCUAUCCAGAAAUUUCGAAAGUAACAAAGAGUGAUAUACAAUGGCCUCAGAACCAGAGAUAUCAAUAAUUCUUGAACUCAUUUCUAUGUG